AUGAAAACCAAAUCAACGCUCUUCCUCAUCCUCUCCUGUGCCCUCCUCUUCCAAGGUCUCGCAGCAGCAUGGCAAACCCCCCUCCUCCCCUGGCGCAAAGCCGACUCCACGCCUAAAGCAAAGAUCCCGCAGUUCAUCCUCGAUACCAGACACCCGUGGCUCACCACACACGUCGACGAGCUCUCCAAACUCGAAGACCCGAAAGCCGUCUUCUGCACCCCUCUCAAAGACGUCAUAGCCGCGAGUAACCACGACCCAGAAUGCAGCCACGACUGGCAGCUCAACGGGCUGGACAUACCCAGCGACCUCUUCCACCGGCUUGAGAUCGACAAUAACCGCGUCGGGAUUGAUCGCUACGGGUGGUCCAACGCGCGCAGCCGUCUGCUGGAGAUGAAGGAGUGUCCGAGGGCGUUGGAGGAGGUGCGGGAGCUGAAGGUGGACAUCUUUGCGCACCGCGGGGAGCCGGUGCUACCGCCUGGCGAGUUGCCGGGGCUGUUUGUGGAGGUUAUGGGCGGGAUGACGGGGUUGAGGAGGCUUGACUGGACGAUUCGGGGAUGGGAUGAGAACGCGGCUUUUCGGGAGGAGUUUUACAGGCAGGGGGUGGAGAUGAGGUCUGUCGAGGAGUUGAAGGCGAAUAUGUACGCCUCGUGGAUCCGGGAUUCGACGCCGAGGUUGAGGAUGUUGGAGAUUGAGAGGGAUGACUGGUAUGAUUCGAAACCGGACGACUGGAGGGAGUUUCCUCUUGUGUGGUUGGAGAGUUUGGAUAGGAUGCAGGAGCUGAAGAGCUUGAAUUUGGGGGGCAUUUGGUGGGAUAAACAGGUUGAGAUGACGGAACUCAUUCCGAAAGUGCUGCCGAAUCUCGAGGAGCUCUGGGUUGGACACUUGACCCAUGGGCAUACUGCUCCCCCAGGGGAGGCACUUCGAAACAUGACGAGAAACUUCGCUUCCCUUUCUAGCCUCAAGAAACUUUAUCUUCCGCGUUCGGCCGACUUGUACCUUGACUUCGACGGGGGCCCGUGGUGUGGCAACGCGUACGACGGAGACGACGGCCAACGGCUCUGGCGCCAGGUUCGGUUGGAUGACAUUGAGGCGACGGAGCGUGCGGGUGUUAUCAUACAACAGGAGAUGCCGAGACUGAAAGGAGUGGACGUGGGGGAUUUCUAUGGGAACUUCACUCUCGACGCUGACGGAGGGCGGGCGAUUGAUUGGCCUUGGACUGGGAGGUUGGAGGAUUGGCUUCGGGAAACAGACUUUUGA